UUUUUUGUUUUGUUUGUUGGGUUUUUUUUUUGAGUAGCAGUUACAGAUUGAGAUAAUUCUUAGUUUUCUAGAAACAUCUAGUUGAGAUUUCCUUUCCAACAAUACUUCUGAAGCACAGAUAAAAUGGCUUCCUGUCUGACAGUUUCCUGUAUCCAUGGCAACCUCACUUUAACUACUUCUUACUUAGUUUCCUGAAUGAACAGUUGCAAAUCCAGGGGCAAAAUGUGAGAGCUGUGUUACACAGCAGUAUCAGUUUUUCAAGCUUUUCGCAGAUGGGUAUUGGCAGAUGAUAACAGCCUAAAAACUGCAAAACAGUGAAAGAACAGAAAUAAUGAACUUCAGAUUUGGGCAAAGUCAGAAAUGAGUGAGAAGGCCAAAGACAGGGAUAUGUGUGGACUACAAAGUUUUUCACCCUGCACAGGAGCAUUCCUGCAUCUCCUUAGUGGUUUUCUUUUGUUGCUGCUUCAGAAGGAGGUUCUUGGCUGUCCAGCUGUUUGCCAGCUCUGCACAGGGAGGCAAGUUACCUGUCGUAACUUGGGUCUUUCAAGCAUCCCUCGGAACUUCCCCAAAACUACAAUCCUUGUAUACUUCAGUGGGAAUAAUAUAUCUCAUGUCAUUCCGAAUGAAUUAGCAGGCCUUCAUAAACUUGCUGCACUUUACAUGGAUAAUUCCAGUAUUUCAUAUGUCCACCCAAAGGCUUUUGUGGAUCUUCCCAAACUUUGCUACUUGCAUCUAAAUAACAAUAAUAUUAAACGCCUGGAUCCAGGAAUUUUUGAAGGUCUUUCCAAUCUUCAUUAUUUAUACCUUCAGAAUAAUCAAAUAGCUUUUGUUCCCCGAGGAUUAUUUAGUGAUCUCCUUUCUGUUAGAUAUUUAACACUUCAAAGAAAUCGUCUCAGUAUCCUUGGAAGUGGAACUUUUUUGGGAAUGAGAAAUCUUCAAACACUUAACCUAGCCAAUAAUAGGAUUUCACGGAUAUCAGAUGCAGCAUUUUGUCAUCUUGAAAACCUUGUAUACUUGUUCCUUGAAGGUAACAACUUAACACUUGUGCCAUCAAAUGCCAUCGGAAGGCUCAGAAAUCUUGAAAGACUUUCUUUAUCUCACAAUCCUAUUAGAUCAAUACAGUGUUUUGCAUUUAAAGGACUUAACAAGCUUAGAUAUCUGUCUUUAAAAAGUGUAAAGCUAAAACAUAUUGCUAUAAAUGGAUUUUUUGGGUUAAGCAACCUUAGCCAGUUAAUCUUAAGUUAUAAUGACUUAGAAAAUAUAAACUCCAGCACUUUCACUUAUUUGAACAGUUUAAAGUAUCUGCAGUUAGACCGAAAUAAAAUAACCAGUAUUGGUGAUGGGGUCUUUGAAAAAAUGGGGCAGUCACUUAAAAUCCUCAAUUUAGCAUUUAACAGUAUUACAGAAUUGCAACCUAAAGUGCUCGAACCCUUAGUGUCUUUAACUCAUCUACACGUAAAUUAUAAUCCUUGGAACUGUAGCUGCAAAAUGCUUGGGUUACUUACGUGGCUGGCAUCAUCUCCCAUUUCUGUUAAGAUUCUGUGUCAGAAUCCUCUCAGUAUGCGUGGCAGACCUCUGCAUUACAUUAGGUGGACUCAGUUUGCAAACUGCAGUAGCCUCACUGCCAGCCCUGAAGCAGCCUGGAAUCUAGAAUCUGCAGGUACCCAUCCCAGUCCUUCCACUUUGCUGAUGGCUUGGCAUAAGGGAAACAGGCACAGAACAUUUGAGCAGUUUAUUAAGGCAGAUACAAAAUACAUUACUCUAUGGGAGGGAACUGCAGCUACAUCUGUGUCUUAUGGAGAAAACACUGCUGCUGAAACUCAUUCACAGGCACCCAUGAUAAUAUCAGCUUUACCAGUACAAAUACCAGCACAGAUUAUACCUGUUACCGGAACUGUAGAAGCAAAAAGUUUGUUUCCAACAGAUGUUGCUCCUGUAUCAUUACAGACAUCAGUACUUUGUACACAACAGGUUGAAAAGAUGAAUCAGGCCUUUGAUGUUUUACUGGCCUUUUUUGUUCUGGCUUGUGCUGUGAUCUUGUUCCUAAUCUACAAAAUCAUUCACUUUAGACAGAAACUAAAGGUGCUGGAAAACUCAGGAGAGAAGAGAAUAGAAUAUUAUGGUUUUUAUCAACCUGGCAGAUACAACAUAAAUGAUGCAGUGCAGUCUCUAACUGAGAAUUCAGUGGGAGAUUCAGAACUGGACCAAAUUAGGCUGCUCAAGCGAACAGCAUCUGAAAGUCAGGCACAGGUCAUAUUGUUUGAACAUUCAUCACUGUAAUUUACCUCUGUUAAUUUGAUGUUAAUUUUACUGCAAUCUGAAAUGUCAAGAAGUCAAGAAUUCGAUUUUCUAAAAAAAAUCAGAUGGUUGAUAGAAUUGUGGAAAACAGUAUAAUUUGAGUUUAUUUGCUUUCUCAGUGUUCUGAAGUUUAUUGAUUUUUUUUUUUUUUUUUAUUAAAUGUCAUUUAAAACUGAUACCUGUGUUCCUGUUGUAGGAUUCUUUCACCUGUAACGCAAGUAUGUGUUCAGUAGAAAGAAUGUACAUAGUAUUUAUUUUGCAGUACUAAUAGGUAUUAAGUUUCUGUAGUAAUUACGUAGCUAACUUGAAAUUGAAGGUAAUAGUAGCAGGACCAUGAAGCCAAGAAACCCCUGGGGAAAGAAAACAGAGCUAUGCUUAAUGUAUUUACUGCAUUCACAGUUUCUUUUCUGCCUCAGAAAUCUUUACUGUUAAAAAAUGAACAUAUUUACUGCUGGUGUGUUGAAACUCCUGAUGAAAAAAAAAAAAAAAAAAAGUGAUAAAAUUCUGUUCAUAUCUCACAUUUUAACAUAAAAAUUUGUGUACUCAGUCUGUAUAAUGAAUAUAUUAAAAAGGUGAAUUUUUAA